AAAGGAUAGGUCCAAUAUUAACUUAGAAAAAAAAAAUGAAGACACUUGCAUUUGUUUUUAUUCUUUCUUUUGCUCUAUGUGGCCAAGCAUUUGAUUGUCAAUUGAACCUCAAAGAUCCUUACAAAGUUGAAUAUACCAUCACCGUGGAUCAGAAUGGCAAGGGCAACUUCAAAACCAUUCAAAAUGCCAUUGAUUCCAUUCCUACCUUUAAUAAGAUGUGGAUCCGUAUCUCCAUUUUAACCGGAAGAUAUUUAGAGCAAGUUACAAUCCCUGAAAGCAAGCCAUGCAUUUUUCUUGAAGGAGCUGGGAGCUCGUCUACUACUAUUGAAUGGGAUGCUCAUGCUGGUACUGAUACAAGCGCCACUUUCACUUCAUAUCCUGAAAAUUUUGUUGCAAAAGGCAUUACAUUCAAGAAUUCAUAUAAUUUACGGGCAAAAAAUCCCGUAAUCCCUGCUGUAGCAGCUAGAAUAUAUGGGGAUAAAUCAGCUCUGUACCAUUGUGCUUUCGUUGGACUUCAAGACACUUUAUGGGACACACAAGGGCGACAUUAUUACCACAAAUGCUAUAUCGAAGGUGGAGUGGACUUCAUUUGGGGCGCAGGCCAGUCUAUCUUCGAGAACUGUGUAAUAAAUCUUAACAUAGGAACAUAUGCCCAAGAUCGCCCAGCUGGAGUCAUAGCAGCACAGGGGAGGAAUUCAUCAAGCGAUCCUAGUGGCUUUGUGUUCAAAACCUGUAUAUUUGGGGGAGUUGGGAAAGCUAAUAUUGGGAGAGCUUAUGGAUAUUACUCCAGAGUGAUCAUACACAAGUCCAACCUGACGGAUUUUGUAUUACCUGAAGGAUGGGAUGCUUGGAAUAAAGAAACAGAAAGGCUAACGUUUGUGGAGGCAGAUAACGUAGGACCUGGGGCAAACACUGAUGGGCGUGUGAAAUGGAUCAAGAAACUCAGUUAUGAAAGCCUGAAAUACUUCCUGGACAUUUCUUUCAUUGACAAUGAAGGAUGGCUUGCGAAAUUACCUAAUGUUUUUUAAAAACGAUUCUUUGUGGUAACUACAUGGUAUGUAAUAUCCUUGAUUGGGGAAUAAUAUCUCAUUAUAUUU